GGUCGAUGAAAAUCCCUCCUUUCUAAUUUCAGUAUGAAUCGAGACGACUCGUUCAAGGCUAUUUGACGUUAUCUUUUUGACAAGUAAACAUAUUUUAAACCCUAUUUUAUCUUGAGAUGUCUCGCCUUCCGCUGUUUUCAUCUUUAUGUUGACUUUACGCUGAUCAGUAUUGGACUACAUGAAUAUAAUGGUAAGGGCAUCUGUCCUCGCUCUAGAACUGAUCUGGAUUAUAAUUUCGGUUAGAGUUUCCGGUGUGAAGGUUUCCACCUUUUUUUCCUCCGUACAGCCGCCAUCUGACUGGCAGAGUGCGCACACUCAUUGUCAGGAUAAUUUCAAUGGGUCCCUUCUCAGCAAGGGGAAUGCGCUCAUAUUACUGGACCACGUGACUUCCGUUGCUGUUGAAAAUGUUUGGACAAGCACAUAUGUUGGACUUUCCCCAUGGAUCAUAUACAAAGGGUGUUUUGACAGCACGCAUAUUAACUCUCCCCAGUUUUAUAAACUGUUGACGAAUGAAUCGACGGUCGGGUCCUGCUUCAGAAGUUGCUCAGAGUUAAAGACGCCGUACUUUGGACUUCAGGGAAAGUCUUGCAUUUGUUUACCCACAAUGCUUCAGGCCAAGAAAGAUGACAACCAGUGUAAAAGUUCAUGUGAAGGAAAAUUUGAGAAAUGUGGAGGGCGUGAUGCGAUUAGCGUGUAUAAAAAAUAUUUCCCUUCUGAGAAAGAUUACCAUGAAUCUCGGCAAUGUGCCACAGUGACCUGUCAACAGGACGGUAAACACGUGUACCGUGCCCAUAGGUGUUCCAACCGCUUCCACACUCUCUGUAGCAAUGGAGAAAUAAGUUCAGAAAAACAAUCGUUGAGGAAUAGUACACAGUUUUGCGGCCAGAAGAAAUCUCGUAUUGUAAUGGGUGACGUAGAUGAUGUCUGUCAGAGGGCCGCUGUGAAUAACGUCACCCAGUUCUGGAUAGACCUUCAUCGUUAUCCCACGGGACCAUUCCAGGCCGGUUUUAAUGAUACGGACGUGUACCCGUUCUCGUGUUUUAAGUACAACAACAGAAGUUAUGUGAAGGCUUCCUCAUGUAAAGAACAGAAUCCCCAUGUGUGUGUAGUAGAGGUGACUGACGAGAAUGCAGUUUCCCUCUGCUCCAGCAAACUAAGGGAAGCUAGUGGCUUUACGAUCGAGAAUUCGGAUCUUGUUGAUGUAACAAUGGAGGCACUAUGUGAAAAAUUUCACCCUUCACCUGUCGAUAUGGUGAACUUAAAUUACUCGGGUGUGAUUGGGCUAGCAGUAAGUGGUGGCCUGGUGUUGCUGGGAUUCUGCAUUGUCACCGUUAUAUGUUGCGGUAAAAGACGAAAGAAAUCGGAGGGAGAACCACAUAUUGAGAUGAAAACAGUGCAGUAUUCACCCGUGAAGAAGAAUGAGAAUGUUUGAAAGCAUGCUGCAUCUGAUGUUGUAGACAUUGAAGAUAGAAAUACGGCAUGUUAUGAUAUUAUACUGUAAUUCGAAUGCAGAAGUCUACUCCAAAAGUGAUACAUGUAUGUUAAAAACUCGCCAAACAGCGAAUACACCCCACACUGUAAACAGUUGGUAGCCUGACAAUAGUAUCUACUAUAUGACAAGUAAAGUGAUCAUUGAAUUGGUACAGUAAACUUGAAUUCUGAUGAUAUGGUUUGUUAAAAUAAACAAUGUCGUUGUCAGAACAAAUAUGUGAUAAGAUGUUGUUAAUACCUGAAUACUUAUAUAUACCUAU